CCCCGUGUCUGGCGAUCAUGGCGUAUUGCAACAACGAACAAGCAGAGAAUAUUUCGCUUCUAGUUGACUAAGAAGAAAACUUGCUGUACGGACAGACGUCUACACACACAGACAGACCAAAGUUCUACAAUGGCAGCUAAAGAUUCUGAAACCAAAUCUGGAUUUGCCGAUAACUGGCAGCGCGGGAAGUCCCUCAUAGAAUGUCUGCGUUAUUCACUGCAACAAAAAUAUCACUGUGACGUCACGUUUCAGGUCGGGAAAGACAGGAAGUCCAUACCAGCUCACAGACUGAUAUUGACUCUUCGGAGUGGCGUGUUUGAAGCAAUGCUAACUGGACCGCUGGCAGAACAAGAGAAUAUCGCCUUGCCGGACAUAGAAUCAGACAUUUUCGAACAGUUCCUCAUUUGUACAAUGGCAGCUAAAGAUUCUGAAGGCAAAUUUGGAUUUGCCAAUAACUGGCAGCGCGGGAACUCUCUCAAAGAAUGUCUGCGUUAUUCACUGCAACAAAAUUCUCACUGUGACGUCACGUUCCAGGUCGGGGAAGACAGGAAGUCCAUACCAGCUCACAGACUGAUAUUGACUCUUCGGAGUAGCGUGUUUGAGGCAAUGCUAACUGGACCGCUGGCAGAACAAGAGAAUAUCGCCGUGCCGGACGUAGAUUCAGACAUUUUCGAACAGUUCCUCAUGUUCCUAUAUACCGAUGACGCUAUACUUGAUACAGCGAAAGCAAUCGGACUUUUGUAUUUAUCCAAAAAAUAUGACGUAACGCCCCUGGAACAAAAGUGUCUGGCGUAUUUGGAGUCAUCGAUAUCGUCACAUAACGCCUGCGUCGUGAUGGAACAGGCCCAUUUCUAUGACGAACACGACUUGAAGGUCAUGGCUAUGGAAUAUAUCUGUAAAAACGGCAACACAGUUCUAGAAUCACCUGGAUUCACUGAUCUGUGUCACUCGUGUGUUCUCGAGAUCACGGAAAGAGACGAACUGGUCGCAUCUGAGGAAGAAGUAUUUGAAGCCGUGAAUGCUUGGAGUGAGGCGGAAUGCCGACGACAAGAAAGGGAGAUAACCCCAGUUAACAAGAGGAGUGCACUCGGGAAGGCGUUGAUGAACGUGGGGUAUUCUCUUGUUGGUCAGAAGUAUUUUGUGGAUAGGGUCUCACCAACUAAGCUCCUGACAGAAAGUGAAGACAUCACAAUCUUAAAAAACUUCAUCUCUCCCGAUACAUGUGUUUUACCUUUCAGAAAGGAGCCCAGAUGCAGGACUGUAAACCUUAUUACUGCUAAACAGCUUAAAUGCGUCUUUAUGAACGUCUAUAUUUCUUAUUCUGCUGAGUACAGAAGUGUGUUUUGUGUUAAUCAAAAGUGUGCUCUACAAGGCUUUAACAUCGAGUGUGAAUCAUUUGGAUUCAGAGCCUUUGUGUGCGAUAAAGAUACUGGUGCCGUUGUAGGUGAGACAAGUGAUGGAAAGAGAACAGACUAUCUUAUUGAGUUCCCGGAUCCAGUCAGGAUUGUCAAAGACAGAAAAUACAGUCUAGUUGUUCAGUGUCAUGAAGGACAUUGGGCUCCGUGUGGUACAUUAAGCGACAUAGCAGAAGACGGAGACUUUGCCUGCCGCUUCUUAAAUAACACUCAUAAGCAGGUGGUACCGAGCUUAGUCUUUCGAGUUUAAUGUUGUUGUUUUACCCCGUUUACAACUUUAUCGUUGUGACAUCGAUACACAUAAACAAGACGGUGAGAAUAACAAAUAUAAAACAAAAACUGAAACAAAGAAGAAGAAACUAGCAAACACAAAUGUACGUUGUACACGUGUUGCAAAAUCAUCAAACAAAGUGCAUGGAAAAUAUAUUUGUGCGAGUUGUCUUUAGUUAGUAGACAGACAAAAAGGUUAUGUGAGACCCUACGAAUUUUAAUAUUGUUAACAUGUCAGAAUAAUCUAAUCGACUAAUUUUCUGUUUGUCAUCCUGGUCGUCUUGGUGAAUAUUAUCCAAUGCUCUUUAUAUAGUCAUAUUUUUUGCAACUCACUAGAAAUAUUGUUUCCCACGGAAUGGGUGUAGGAUAAAAAAAUUAAGAAAAGAAGAGGAAGGAAAGAAAACAAAAACACAAAUCUGUGAGAGCCUUCAAUACUACAAUACAUUUCCAGUCUUUCGGAUGAAAAACCUGAACAAAAAAUCACCAAGACCACUCGUCACCGCAAAUGACAAAUAACAAUAAUGGAAUAUUUUUGUUGUGAGGUCACGAUCUCUGAUCAGGUGAUCGACUAUGUCACACAGUACAACUCAUAGAUGUUUUUAAAAUCUACUUUAUUAAAAUUACCCGAAAAAGUAUGCACCAUCCUUCUGAAAUUCAGAACAUGUAAUCAUUAUUAUUUACCCAUAGCAACAGGAUGCCGGAAUAGCACAG